AUAAAAAAAAAUGGCUGGCGUUGAUAAUGGGAUGUCCAAGGAGGAGAGGAGGGAGGAGGGAAGCGCCGUGAUUGAAGAAUAACGAAACGAACUAAAACGCAGACGAAGAAGAAGAAGCUGUAUUAGAGAUUUGCAGACAAAGCAAAAGACUUGAAGGCUGCUCUGCUUUUCAUUGGAUCUGAUUUGUGAAAAAUGGAGGAAGCUAGCUGCUCCUCUAUCGACUCCAUUUUGGAGUUUCUGCGGAAGAACCGUUUCAUGAGAGCUGAAGCUGCGUUGAUUAGUGAGCUUUCCAACAACAGCUCAAGCUCAAAUGGUGUGAAAAGCAAGGUCUUUGAUAAGAAGCAAGGCCGAGACAAGAACCAAGUUUCUGAUGAAUUGGUUGUCAAAGAGAUACAGUGCGGAUCCGCCACUGAGAGUCAUCAUCAGCAAAUGAAUGAUGUUUCUGUUCAGACACAAAGUCCCUCUGGUGCUAAUAACUCAUCAUUAUGGGAGGACAGGUUCACUUUUUCCGAAAGUUUAGUAGAUACCGAGCUUGAUUUACCCCCAUGGAACCAUGCUGACUCUGAGGUAUACAGUAUCGAUCCAAGUAUAAGAAGCUUUGUGAAUCCAAGAAGCUCAAAACCAUCUAGUCAUGACAACGUUCCUCGCCAGGUAUCUCAGUAUGACCAUGGCAAAGCAUCUCAUUCCUUGGAAGAUGAUAGUAUGGCUGCGAUACAAGAAGGGUUUAUCACCACCUCAUGGCCAAGAAGCGAAGAGCGCACAGACCAUUGGAAGGAUUGUUCUGUUACAACUGUUUAUCCAUUGUCCAAAGGGAGCACAUCAACGAAUAAUCUCGGUGUACCCGUUGUAGACAAAAGGCAAGGGAAGAAAAAGGUUGGCGCGAGUGAUUCAAAGGUUGUUAUUAAGGAGCAGGAUGAUGAUGAUGUGGAAACAGCUCUGUGCCUUGGAAAGUCACAUUCUGGAUAUGAUGUUAAGAAUCUUAGCGGCUUUGCGUUUUCGCUGGCUCAUGAUGGUGCGAGGGAAGACUUACCAAGGCUGCCGCAUGUGAGAAUCAAGUCAGAGGAUAAAUCAAUGAACUAUACUUCAGAAGAGAAACAUGAGCGUGACGUUUUGGAUGAGAAGCUGAUCAAUACUGAGAAUGGUUUCCUUAUAGGUUCUUAUCUAGAUGUUCCUAUUGGACAAGAGAUCCAUUCAUCAGGUGGCAGAAUAGCUGGGGGAGGAAACUGGUUGUCUGUAAGUCAGGGACUAGCAGAAGAUGCAUCUGACUUGAUUUUUGGCUUUGGCAAUGGACUAGGUGAUCUCGCUGAACAUUCAAAUGAGUAUUGGGACUCCGAUGAAUACGACGACGAUGAUGAUGUUGGUUACAUUAGACAACCAAUUGAGGAUGAGGCCUGGUUUUUGGGUCAUGAAGUUGACUAUCCUAGCGAACAGGAAAAAGACACAGAGCAUACUCAGGAUAAAAGCCAAACCAAGAAUGAGGAUGACCAUUCAUUUGCUGAAGAGGAUUCUUAUUUCUCCGGUGAACAAUAUGUGCUAGCAAAAGGCGUUGAGCCAGUUACAACUAAGGAACCUGACUUAGUUGCUCGAUACGACGGGGAAUUGAUGGAUGCAACGGAGCUAAGUUUGAUGCGAGCUGAGCCUGUGUGGCAGGGACUUGUCACACAUGAAAAUGAUCUAGUUUUGUCGAACAAAGGGAGAGGCGACGAUAACGGUGGUAGAUUCUGUUCAAAGGAUAUCCGCGCAGAAGAUGAUAGAAACGCUGCAGUUAGGUCAAUUGGUGUAGGAAUCAGUGAUGAUGUUGAUGACAAUGGGUGUAUAGCACCUGAUUACUUUCCUGGAGAAGGUAGUGAAUGGGACCUGGAGCUCCUUCCUCACCGCCGAGUUGGAGCUGCUAGUGUUAAGCCUCCACCUGGCAAAGGUGCAAAUAUGCAGCUAAAAAGUUUUACAAAUGGUGGUUUCUCCUUUCCUUCUCCAGUACCUGACGGACACAUCUCUCAUGAUGAUUCUACAAACCCUGUAUGGUCAAACCCUGCUGUGAGAAAUGAAAGUUAUGGACCAAAGGGGCUGACUGAGUCCAAUAGUAUGGUUGAUAGGAACGGCGAGAAGGUUGAAAGUUCAAGAAGUUCCUCUCCAUCUGCAGUCUCCCACAGUUCUUAUACAGGGAGAGAGCACUGCAAGGAAGAAGAUGAGGAAGAAACUAGUCCUGCGCCGGAAGAAGAUCCUGGGACCUCGUUUGAGGAUGAAGAUGCAAUCGUUGUCCAAGAGCAAGUAAGACAGAUUAAAGCCCAAGAGCAGGAGUUUGAAACUUUCAAUCUGAAGAUUGUUCACAGGAAAAACAGGACUGGUUUUGAGGAGGAUAAGAACUUCCAUGUGGUUUUGAACUCUGUCAUAGCUGGUCGUUAUCAUGUCACUGAGCAUCUUGGAUCAGCAGCUUUUAGCAAAGCAAUACAAGCACAUGACCUCCACACAGGCAUUGAUGUAUGUGUAAAGAUCAUAAAGAACAACAAAGACUUCUUUGACCAGAGCCUUGAUGAGAUCAAACUGCUCAAGUAUGUCAAUCAGCAUGAUCCUGCUGACAAGUACCAUCUCCUUAGAUUGUAUGACUACUUCUACUUUCGGGAGCACUUGUUAAUAGUAUGUGAACUUCUCAAGGCAAACUUGUAUGAGUUCCAAAAGUUUAACAGAGAAUCAGGUGGAGAAGUUUAUUUCACAAUGCCAAGAUUGCAGUCAAUUACUAUCCAGUGCUUGGAAGCAUUGAACUUUCUGCACGGUCUCGGCCUUAUACACUGCGACUUAAAACCUGAAAACAUACUUAUCAAAAGCUACAGCAGAUGCGAAAUCAAAGUUAUUGAUCUAGGAAGUAGCUGUUUCGAGACGGAUCAUCUCUGCUCUUAUGUCCAGUCUAGAUCUUACCGUGCUCCAGAAGUCAUCCUCGGGCUUCCGUAUGAUAAAAAGAUCGAUAUCUGGUCACUUGGCUGCAUUUUGGCAGAACUGUGUUCCGGAAACGUUCUGUUUCAAAAUGAUUCUCCAGCUACUUUGCUUGCAAGGGUCAUUGGUAUAAUCGGAUCCAUUGACCAACAAAUGCUUGCAAAAGGACCUGAUACAUGCAAAUACUUCACCAAAACUUAUUUGUUAUACGAGAGGAACCAGGAGAGUAACAAUUUGGAAUAUUUGAUACCUAAAAAGUCAUCGCUAAGGCGUAGACUGCCAAUGGGUGACCAAGGGUUUAUAGACUUUGUGGCACACUUGCUCCAAGUUGAUCCAAAGAAACGCCCUUCUGCAUCUGAGGCUCUUAAGCAUCCAUGGUUGACUCAUCCCUACGAACCCAUAUCUCCAUGAUUGUGUGGUUAUUUGACAUCUUCUCGACCAAAAAGUCCAGAAUGGAUGAGAGCUAGUCAAGGAAGAAGAUGAAUGGUUUGUUUGUUUUUCCCCCUUUGAAACUCUUCUGAGAGGCAAAUCUUUCAGACCUUGUUGUAUAUUAAUUUGAUGUAUGACUAUUUGCUCAUUUUGUUGUACUGGUAGCUUGUGAAAUAUAGUCUCUUUGAAUUCG